UCCUAGAGGUCAGAGAACCGACGAGCACAAAAUCUGCCGGGAGUGCACGGGGUCCCCAGACCGCUAUGACUGGCUGUACCUGGGCUUCAUGGCCAUGCUGCCCCUGGUGCUGCACUGGUUCUUCAUCGAGUGGUACUCAGGAAAAAAGAGGUGUGUCUGCCCCUCCUCUUUAAAACAAGAACUUGAAGCUUUAGUCUUGUGUAACAUGGCCGCGCUGCGGACGCUGCUGGUCAGCGCCCCCGCCGGCUCCCUGCGCCUGCGCUCCUGCCGGGUGAAGAAGCUCUCCGACUGGUACACCAUGCUCUACAACCCCAGCCCCGACUACAUCACCACCGUGCACUGCACCCACGAGGCAGUCUAUCCCCUGUACACCAUUGUGUUUAUCUAUUACGCCUUCUGCCUGGUGCUAAUGAUGCUGCUGCGGCCUCUCCUGGUUAAGAAAAUUGCCUGUGGUUUGGGAAAGUCUGAUCGGUUCAAAAGCAUUUAUGCAGCACUCUACUUCUUCCCUAUCCUCACUGUGCUCCAGGCUGUUGGGGGAGGCCUGCUCUAUUAUGCCUUUCCUUACAUCAUACUGGUGCUGUCCUUGGUGACACUGGCUGUGUACAUGUCUGCUUCUGAAGUGGAGUCUUUCAAGGAUCUUCUCGUCAGGAAGAAAAGGCUUGUUGUCCUCUUCAGCCACUGGUUACUUCAUGCCUAUGGAAUCAUCUCCAUCUCCAAACUGGAUAAGCUUGAGCAGGACCUCCCCUUGCUGGCCCUGGUACCUGCACCUGCCCUCUUCUACUUGCUGACAGCCAAGUACACCGAGCCCUCCCGCAUCCUCUCAGAAGGUGGAAAUGGACACUAAAAGGAGCCUGUGCCAACACUGCUGUCCUCCUGGGCUGGGUGAAGCCAUUUCAGUGCUUGUUACACGUUGGAAACUUCUUUUUUUAGAAGAAGUUAUUUAUGUACAAGCCUUCUAGGUGAAAUACCUGAGUCAGACUGUAAAAAGCUGCACUUUG